UGCCAGGCGCUGGGUCACUCGUGUGGGAAGUGCUGAAAUUUCAACGCGUCACAGGAGCGUUUUCUCGGAUCGCACGCAGAUUCAGAUCGCGGGGAGAGACCGACGCCGAGCGAGGCGUCACUGAAACGGCUCUGAGCCGAGACUCAGUCCUCGAGUUUACGAGAUAACGACACUAGCGCGCGACACACACACACACGCGCGCGCGCGCUCUCUCUGAUCGGGGAUAUUCAUUAAUACUUCCGAUCGAUCGAUCAAUGAUCAUGGAGAGGAAAAGAACGGAUUGUCCUGCUCUUCCUCCCGGCUGGAAGAAGGAAGAAGUGAUCCGGAAGUCCGGGCUGAGCGCAGGGAAGAGUGAUGUGUAUUAUUACAGUCCUUCGGGAAAGAAGUUCCGGAGUAAACCGCAGUUGUCCCGUUACCUCGGCAACACUGUGGAUCUGGGAAGCUUUGAUUUUCGCACCGGAAAAAUGAUGCCGAGCAAAAUGCAGAAAAACAAACAGAGACUGAGGAGUGAGAACCUCAGCCUGAGCAAGGGAAAGCCGGAUCUGAACACGGCGCUGCCCAUCAGACAAACGGCCUCCAUCUUUAAACAGCCGGUCACUAAAGUCGUCAAUCAUCCGAACAACAAGGUGAAGACUGACCCCCAGCGAGGCGUAGAGCAACCACGACAGCUGUUCUGGGAGAAGCGCUUGAAGGGCCUGAGGUCGUCGGACGUGUCGGAGGAAGUUCUCAGGACGAUGGAUCUGCCCAAAGGCUUACAGAGUAUCGGGCCGGACUCGUCGGACGAGACGCUGCUGUCCGCUAUAGCGAGCGCUCUACACAUGAGCUCAGCGCCCAUCACGGGUCAGACCUCCAGCGCCGCCGAGAAGAACCCCGCUAUAUGGCUCAACACAUCCCAGCCGCUCUGCAAAGCCUUCACCGUCACUGAUGAAGACAUCCGGGAGCAGGAGCUGAAGGUCCAUCAGGCCCGGCUCAGUCUGGAAGAAGCUCUGAUGGCCGACACUUUGGCCCGGGCCGCCGAGUCCAGUCGAGACCCCCAGGGCCGAGCGCCGUAGAGAACCGACAGAUUUCUUUGUGCACUGGAGUCAGGUGGACGUCCUGGAAAUGAUGUCAUCAGUCUGCGUCAACAGCGGCUGCACCAAGCACACUUUCAUAAUCCAUUACAGAUAGCUUCAACCAAGGUCUUUUUCAACUAGAGCAUAUAUUUUGAUGUACAUAUCUAUAUAUAAUUGAGAACAAUGUGUCAGACAGAAAUAAAAUACAGCUUUUUUUAAUGGACAAAUGCAGAGCAAUAAUUCCUCAUGUCAAUUCAGGUGACCGUCGCUGGAUUUGUAUUGCAAAUUAUUUUUACUUUUGUUGUCGUUGGUCGUACGGGAUGUGCUCUCUUCAGGGUUUGUAACAAAUAAUUAAUACACUUACAAACGUAUGAAUGAAAAACUGCUUAUUUAAGAAAAAUUUUAUACCUUGAGAUAAAGAUGUGUACAUUUCUUGCAUCAUUCUAGAGAAAUAAAUGAUUAUAUUCACAAA